AUGGCUUCGGCAACGCCACUAGAAGUAAUUGUGGUAGGUGCGGGAUCUACUGGGCUACUCCUCGCACAGGGCCUGAAACAGAACGGUAUCCGGUGUACUGUAUUUGAGCGAGAAGAUCAUAUGACUUAUCAAAAUCGAUCCCGAGAGUGGGGCAUGACCUUGCAUUGGGGUGCCGAGUAUCUCUCCAAGUGUAUUCCCCCAAAUUUAGUGGCCAAACUCGACGAGAACAUCUGCUGUGACCCUUUCUUCAAAGGUAAAACCACAUCAUUACCUUUGUACAAUGGCGCGACGGGUGAAAAGCUCUUUGAGAUGCACGGGAUGGAUCCGAGGCGAGUGUCGCAAAAGAAGCUGGGAAACUUUUUGAGCCAGGGGAUUGACGUGCAGUAUGGUAUGAGGUUGGUAUCCGUCACAGUUGAUCCAGGUCAUUCUGUGACAGCCGUCUUCGAAGAUGGCACGAGUGCUUCUGGCUUCGCUCCUGGGUUGGCGAAGGAGGAGUACAUGGACAUCCAAAUGUUUAACGUCAGCUGCACGUUCCCCAAGGAAACGGCAGAGUACUUGCGCACGAUUCACCCAAUUUUCAAGAACAGUUAUCAUCCCGAUGGAUUUACGUGGUGGAACUCCAUCCAAGACGUUGGCGAUCCGGACAGACCAGAGACGUGGCUCUUUCAGAAUCUUUUGUCCUGGGCCGGCGCACCAAGAACAGAAGACCUUCCUGAUCAAGAGUCCCGGCUCAAGUUUUGGCGCGACAGGGGUCCCAAAUACGCUGAGCCGUGGGCAACGAUCGGCAAACAGCUCCCGGAUAACUUGGUGUUUCCUACAGAUCGUACCAUCGUGUGGAAGCCAGACAUGGAUUGGUCGCACUCACCUCUUUGGCCAAGAGUAACUCUCGCGGGUGAUGCCGCCCACGCCAUUCCGCCAUUUCGAGGCCAGGGAUUGAACAAUGCGUUGCAAGAUGCUGCAAAUUUGAUCGACAAGCUCAGAGCCUUUGACACUGGUGCUCAAUCGUUGAGCGAGGCCAUCGCUGAUUACGAGAAAGAGAUGAAGGAAAGGGCAAUGACAGAAAUGAAAGUGUCGAUUCUCCAAGCGGAAACGGUCCAUACUUGGGACAGAUUGAUGGAAGCUCCGUUCAUAAAACACGGAAUGAACAAGUAUCAGGAGGAACAAGAGGCCAAGUAA